AUGAAUAUAAAAUUAGUAGGAAUGCGUAGGGAAACCCGAGCCUAUCUAUCGUUCCUAUCCACGAUCCACGACGAACAGACUGGUGGCUCAUCCAGAAGCUUCGCCCCAUCCACUCCAAUUUACUCGGUCAUUGCUUCCCGUAACGCACCGACCGCACCGCAUCGUCCGUCUGCUCGACCAUAUGUGCGCGUCGUCAACGUCGACGCCAACUACAAAUUAUCAAUCCACUAA